UCAUUGAACCUGGUGGUCAGUCUUUAGUCACUGGCUGUUUAGCCUCACAGCUUAGGGAUAGGUGCUGUCAUUGAACCUGGUGGUCAUUCUUUAGUCACUGGCUGUUUAGCCUCACAGCUUGAGGAUAGGUGCUGUCAUUGAACCUGGUGGUCAGUCUUUAGGCUGCUGUACAGCUUGACGGACUGUAGAACACAACACAAUAUGAGCCUGGUUCAUUUUCAGUAAUGAGGCCCUGUACCCCAUUUACAGUUUAUACUUCAAUAUAUCAGGUGGAGUUAUUCAACAGCUAUAGAGUGAGUUGUUGUUUAUGUUUCUAAGACUGCAGGGUGGGAGAUGCAACAAUGUCCUUGAGAACAGCAGGAAGUGUGUUGGUGGUCUUUCUCUGGUCUGUGACAGUGGUACUGGGUCAGGAUGGCUGGAGUGUUACAUACACCACUCAGAGUAUCUGUACCUUGAAGGGGUCAACAGUGGAGCUGUUCUGCUCUUACACAUAUCCCAGUGGUCAUAAAGUCACAACAACCUUCUGGUUCACUGCAUGGGGGACUGGUGUAGAACCUGAAGAUCUAGGUCAGAACCCAGAGUAUGCAGGUCGUCUGGAGUAUCAUGGGGAUAAGAAGAAUGGUCACACACUGAAAAUCACAGACCUGAGAGAGAGAGACUCAGCUGAGUACAAAUUCAGAUUAUUAACAGAUAAGGAGGGAGGGAAAUAUACUGGAAGUCCUGGAGUCACUCUGUCUGUCUCAGGUCUUCAGGUGAAGGUGACUGGUGGACAUCAGGAUAAGACACUGACCUGUAUCACCACCUGUACUCUGACUGACAACCCCACCUACAUCUGGUACAAGAACGGACAACAUCUAGAUGAGAGCACCUCCCCCCAGUACAAAGACUCAGUCUCCAGGAACUAUGAUGACAGUUAUUCCUGUGCUGUAAAAGGCCAUGAGGAUCUCCACUCUCCUGCAGUGUGUGUUCAGGGUCAGAGCUGCUACAGAGUGAUUUACACCAAGAGGAGAAUAUGUGUCUUGAAGGGGUCAACAGUGGACAUAUCCUGUACUUAUGUUGGUUAUUAUUCCACCACAUCAUCAUUCUGGUUUAGAAGUGAUAAGUCGACACCUGAAGACCUAACCACAGACCCAGGGUAUGCAGGUCGUGUGGAAUACACUGGAACAUACGGAGUUCCCUUCACCCUGAGAAUCACAGAUCUGAGAGAGGAGGACUCAGCUGGGUAUCGCUUCACUUUUAAAGCAGACAACUUUGACUGGGGUCAUAGUUUCCCAGGAACAACUCUGUCUGUCACAGGUCUGCAGGUGAAGGUGACUCCUGCUGCAGAGGGACAGAAGACACUGACCUGUAGUACCACCUGUACUCUGACUGACAACCCCACCUACAUCUGGUACAAGAACGGACAACAUCUAGAUGAGAGCACCUCCCCCCAGUACAAAGACUCAGUCUCCAGUAACUAUGAAGACAGUUACUCCUGUGCUGUAAAAGGCCAUGAGGAUCUCCACUCUCCUGCAGUUUGUGUUCAGGGUCAGAGCUGCAGCAGAGUGACUUACACCAAGAGGAGAAUCUGUGUCUUGAAGGGGUCAUCAGUGGACAUAUCCUGUACUUAUGUUGGUUAUUAUUACACCACAUCAUCAUUCUGGUUUAGAAGUGAUAAGUCGACCCCUGAAGACCUAACCACAGACCCAGGGUACACAGGUCGUGUGGAGUACACUGGAACAUACAGAGGUCCCUUCACCCUGAGAAUCACAGAUCUGAGAGAGAAGGACUCAGCUGGGUAUCGCUUCACUUUUAAAGCAGACAACUUUGAAUGGGGUCAUAGUUUCCCAGGAACAACUCUGUCUGUCACAGGUCUGCAGGUGAAGGUGACUCCUGCUGCAGAGGGACAGAAGACACUGACCUGUAUCACCACCUGUACUCUGACUGACAACCCCACCUACAUCUGGUACAAGAACGGACAACAUCUAGAUGAGCCCACUUCCCAACAAUACUCUGUCAAUAGUUAUUAUUCAGACAGUUACUCCUGUGCUGUAAAAGGCCAUGAGGAUCACCACUCUCCUGCAGUGUGUGUUGUGGGUGAGAGCUGUAUGAAUGUGACUUACACCCAUCAGAGUAUCUGUGCUUUGAAAGGGUCAACAGUGGACAUAUCCUGCUUUUACACACAUCCCAGUUGGCAUAACGUCACAGAAGUGUCCUGGUUCAACAAAUGGGAGUCUGGUGUCACUAAAGACUUGAGCCUGAACCCAGAGUAUGCAGAUCGUGUGGAAUACCAUCGACAAACAGAAAAGGACUCCACCCUGAGAAUCACAGACCUGAGAGAAACUGACUCAACUGAGUACAAGUUCAGAUUUACAACUGAUAAGGCAAGAUGGGGGUACAGCUUCCCUGGAUCAACUCUGUCUGUCACAGGUUUUCAGGUGGAGGUGACUCCUAAUUGGAGUUCAGAGUCGAAGACACUGACCUGUAUCACCACCUGUACUCUGACUGACAACCCCAACCCCAUCUAUAUCUGGUACAAGAACGGACAACAUCUAGAUGAGAGCACCUCCUUCCAGUACAACGUCUACCGUAACUAUGAAGACAGCUACUCCUGUGCUGUAAAAGGACAUGAGGAUCUCCGCUCUCCUGCAGUGUGUGUUCAGGGUCAGAGCUGCAACAGAGUGAAUUACACAAAGAGGAGAAUCUGUGUCUUGAAGGGGUCAACAGUGGACAUAUCCUGUACUUAUGUUGGUUAUUAUUCCACCACAUCAACAUUCUGGUUUAGAAGUGAUAAGUCGACCCCUGAAGACCUAACCACUGACCCAGGAUAUGCAGGUCGUGUGGAAUACACUGGAACAUACGGAGGAGGUCCCUUCACCCUGAGAAUCUCAGAUCUGAGAGAGGAGGACUCAGCUGAGUAUCGCUUCACUUUUAAAACAUACUACAUUGAAUGGGGUCAUAGUUUCCCAGGAACAACUCUGUCUGUCACAGGUCUGCAGGUGAAGGUGACUCCUGCUGCAGAGGGACAGAAGACACUGAUCUGUAUCACCACCUGUACUCUGACUGACAACCCCACCUACAUCUGGUACAAGAACGGACAACGUCUAGAUGAGCCCACUUCCCAACAAUACUCUAGUAAUACCCUAGUAGUGUUGGGUCAUUCUGUGGACAGUUACUCCUGUGCUGUAGAACACCAUGAGGACCUCCACUCUCCUGCAGUGUAUGCUCCAAGGAACACCUCAGUGUCAGUCAGUCCCUCUGGUGAAAUAGUGGAGGGCAGUUCAGUGACUCUGACCUGCAGCAGUGAUGCCAACCCACCUGUGGACAAAUACACCUGGUACAAGAAGAACGUAACCUCACCAAAAGCAUCAGGACAGAGUUACAACAUCACUAACAUCAUCUCUGAGGACAGAGGAGAAUACUACUGUGAGGCCCAGAAUGGAAGAGGAUCUAUGAGCUCUACAGCUCUGAUGAUCAUUGUAGCAGGGAAACAAACAUCAGUUGUGACUGCAGCUGUAGGAAUCGUUGUUGUUCUGGUUCCCAUCCUCUGUCUCUCUGGACUCAUGUGGUUCAGGAAGAAGGCCUCCAAACCCACCGACACAAGAGACACAGCAGAUGUUGGACAGGGAAACUCUAGUCCAGUGUAUGACAACAUCUCAAACAUGGCCAUGACCCCUACUGCAGCACAGACAGCAGCCACCAACGACCAGGAUGAUGUUCACUACGCCAGUGUCCACUUCUCUGGCUCCAAAAACCAGGAAGUGCCUCUGUACUCCACCGUCCACUUGCCUCAGCCCCAGAAAGAGGAUGAGGAUGUUCAGUACGCUGCUGUGAAAUUCGACCUCCCCUGUGCUGCCACCCGACCCGCAGCAGCACAAGCAGCUGAGGAGGACUCCUCUGUUCUCUACAGUACAGUCAAUAAACCCAGAACCAAGAAGACCUGAACACAACAAACCCAGAACCAAGAAGACCCGAACACAACAAACCCAGAAUCAAGAAGACCUGAACAGAAUAAGUUUGACAAUAACCUUGUAUAUCUGGACCUGUAUAUCUAAGUGAUAUAAUGCCUGUGGAGGUGUGGAAUAUUGACCAUUAUAAACUGGGUGGUUUGAGCAGUGAAUGCUGAUUAGCUGACCGGCGUGGUAUACCAGACCGUAUACCAUGGGUAUUAACAUUUGUAUUUACUGGUCUAAGUACAUUGGUAACCAGUUUAAAAUAAGGCACCUCCAUGUUUGUGGUACGUGUGGGUUGUGGUACCAUGGCUAAGGGCUGCAUCCAAGAUAUCCGUGUUGCAUUGUGCAUAUGAACAGCCCUUAGCGGUAGUAUAUUGGCCAUAUACCACACCUCCUCAGGCAUUAUUGCUUAACUUUAUAAUGGCAACAAGGCACUUCAGGGGUUUGUGGUAUAUGACCAACAUACUGUUCCACGGCUUAUUUUAAACUGGUUAACAACAUAAAUAGAACAGUAAACAAGUAUUUUUACGUCAUACCCGUGGUAUAUUGUCUGAUAUACAGUAUAGACUUCUGAAAUGCUGUUUCAGCCAAUCAGCAUCCAGGGCCAAAACUACCCAGUUUAUAAAGUAUUUAAUAAUAUAUGCCAUCUAGUAGACACUUUUAUCCAAGUCAUUACAGUCAUGCCUGAAUACAUUUUUCGUAUGGGAAGUCCCAGCAGGAAUGGAACCCAUAAUCCAUGCUGUACCAACUGAGACACAGGACGACUCUAUUCACACUCAGAGUAGGAGUUCUGAUCUAGAGUCAGUUAUGACUUUGAAACAGUUAUGAAUUAGAAAGGGACCUUAACAUUUUUUAUAUAUAUUUUACGUUGAAAAAUGUAGUAUUGCUGACGUAGGAAACCUUGAGUUCCAGUUAUAUUUUACAGAGCAUUCAGAAAGUAUUCAGACCCCUUGACUUUAUCCACAUGUUGUGAUGUUUCAAACUUUUCCUCAAAUUGAUGAAAUAGUUCUCUCCUCAUCAAUCAACACACUAAACCCCAUAAUACUAAAGCAAAAAAAGUUUUUAGACAAUUUUGCAAAUGUAUAAAUACAAAAAAAACUGCAAUAUCACAUUUACAUAAGUAUGCAGACCCUUUAAUCAGUACUUUGUCGAAGCACCUUUGGCAGCGAUUACAGCCUCGGGUCUAUUUGUGUAUGACGCUACAAACUUUGCACACCUGUAUUUGGGGAAUUUCUCCCAUUUUUAUCUCUAGAUCCUCUCAAGCUUGGUCAUGUUGGAUGGGGAGUGUCGCUGAACAGAUAUUUUCAGGUCUCUCCAGGGAUGUUCGAUCAGGUUCAAGUCCGGGCUCUGGCUGGGCCACUCAAGGACAUUGAGAUUUCUCCCGAAGCAACUCCUGCUUUGUCUUGGCUGUGUGCUUAGGGUCCUUGUCCUAUUGGAAGGUUGAACCUUCACCCCAGUCUGAGGCCCUGAGCCCUCUGGAGCUGGUUUUCGUCAAGGAUCUCUCUGUACUUUUCUCCAUUUAUCUUUCCCUCGAUCCUGACUAGUCUCCCUGUCCCUGCCGCUGAAAAAUAUCCCCACAGCAUGAUGCUGCCACCACCAUGCUUCACCGUAGGGAUGGUGCCAGGUUUCCUCCAGACGCGAUGCUUGGCAUUCAGGUUUCAUCAGACCAGAUAAUCUUGUUUCUCAUGGUCUGAGAGUCUUUAGUUGCCUUUGGCAAACUCCAAGCAGGCUUUCAUGUGCCAUUGGCUUCCGUCUGGCCACUCUACCAUAAAGGCCUGAUUGGUGGAGUGCUGCAGAGAUGGCUGUCCUUCUUGAAGGCUCUCUCAUCUCCACAGAGGAACUCUGGAGUUCUGUCAGAGUGAACAUCGGGUUCUUGGUCACCUCGCUGACCAAGGCCCUUCUCCCCCGAUUGAUCAGUUUGGCCAGGCGGCCAGCUCUGGGAAGAGUCUUGGUGGUUCCAAACAUCUUCUAUUUAAAAAUGAUGGAGGCUACUGUGUUCUUGGACAUUAAAAAAUACAGAAAUGUUUUGGUACCCUUCCCCAGAUCUGUGUCUCAGCAAAAUCCUGUCUCGGAGUUCUAGAGACAAAUACUUCAACUUCAUUAUUUUUGCUCUGACAUGCGCUGAUAACUGUGGGACCUUGUAGACAGCUGUGAGCCUUUCCAAAUCAUGUCCAAUUAAUUGAAUUUACUACAGGUGGACUCUAAUUAAGUUGUAGAAACAUCUCAAGGAUGAUCGAUAGAAACAGGAUGCAGCUGAGUUCAAUUUCGAGUCUCAAAGCAAAAGGUCUGAACACUUGUGUAAAUAGGAUAUUUUCUGUUUUUUUAGUUUUAAUACAUUUGCAAAACUUUCUAAAAACCUGUUUUUGUUUUGUCAUUAUGGGGAAGUGUGGUAUAUUUUUAUUUAAUCUAUUUUAGAAUAAGGCUGUAACGUAACAACAUUUGAAAAAAGUCAAGGGGUCUGAAUACUUUCCCAGUGCAUUGUAUAUAAUUAUAUAUUUAUGUUAUGUUGUUUCUGAAACAAUCAUCAAACUUGUGAGAUUUUUGCCUCAACGUUCAGGAAAGAGUUCCUGCUUGAUGCAACGUUUCUUAAAGUUGCUCCUACCUGGCACGCAGGCGUCCCAUCUAGAGCUCUGGAAAUGCAAAUGCGCUACGCUAAAUGCUAAUAGUAUUAGUUAAAACUCAAACGUUCAUUAAAAUACACAUGCAGGGUAUUGAAUUAAAGCUACACUGGUUGUGAAUCCAGGCAACAAGUCAGAUUUUUAAAAUGCUUUUCGGCGAAAGCAUGAGAAGCUAUUAUCUGAUAGCAUGUAACACCACAAAAGACCCGCAGGGGACAUAAACAAAAUAAUUAGCAUAUUCUGCGCUACACAAACCGCACAAUAAAAUAUAAAACAUUCAUUACCUUUGACCAUCUUCUUUGUUGGCACUCCUAGAUGUCCCAUAAUCACUAUUGGGUCUUUUUUUCGAUUCAAUCGGUCCAUAUAUAGCCUAGAUAUCGUUCUAUGUAGACUGUGUGAUAAACGAAAAAAAUAGCGUUUCAUAACGUAAAGUCAUUUUUUUUAAUUCAAAAAGUUGACGAUAAACUUUCACAAAACACUUCAAAAUACUGUUCUAAUGCAACUUUAGGUAUUAGUACACGUUAAUAAGCGAUAAAAUUCAUCAGGAGGCGAUGUAAAUUCUAUAGGUGUCGUCUUGAAAAAACAUGACCGGAGAGAGCUCGACCAAAACAUCAGGUCGGGGACCGGAGGGAAGUGGUUCCCUUGAUUCGGUUCAACCAAGAAUCAAAGCUGAAUCAAAUGACAAGACUCUAGACAACGUGUGGAAGCGGUAGGCGCUGAAAUCUCGCUCUUAUGUAAUUCGGUUCACUUUGAACAAUUCCUGGAAGGAGCGCAAGGAUAUUUUUUUCCAUUUUCAGUGAUCAGGUUUUCCUGCGCUUUUCGAUGGAACUCACGAUAUGUUAUAGUCACAGCCGUGAUUUAACCAGUUUUAUAAACGUCUGAGUGUUUUCUAUCCACACAUACUAAUCAUAUGCAUAUACUAUAUUCCUGGCCUGAGUAGCAGGGCGCUGAAAUGUUGCGCGAUUUUUAACAGAAUGUUCGAAAAAGUAGGGGGUAGGCUUAACAGGUUUAAUGCUUUUUUUUUGUAAACUGUGUUGUGACUUUUUUGUAAAACUUUUGUAAACUUUUAAGAAUAAACUUCAUUGUCAUUGUUUUUA